AUGAAGAGGCAGAACGUGCGGACCCUGUCCCUCAUCAUCUGCACGUUCACCUACCUGCUGGUCGGGGCCGCCGUCUUUGAUGCCCUGGAGUCCGACCACGAGAUGCGGGAGGAGGAGAAGCUCAAAGCCGAGGAGAUCCGGCUCAAAGGGAAGUACAACAUCACCAGCGAGGACUACCGGCAGCUGGAGCUGGUCAUCAUGCAGUCCGAGCCCCACCGGGCCGGGGUCCAGUGGAAAUUCGCCGGCUCCUUCUACUUUGCCAUCACAGUGAUCACCACUAUAGGUUACGGACAUGCCGCCCCGGGGACGGAUGCCGGGAAAGCCUUUUGUAUGUUCUAUGCUGUCCUGGGGAUCCCACUGACGCUGGUCAUGUUCCAGAGCUUGGGCGAGCGCAUGAACACCUUUGUCAAGUACCUCCUGAAACGGAUCAAAAAGUGCUGUGGGAUGAGGAGCACCGACGUCUCCAUGGAAAACAUGGUCACUGUGGGCUUCUUCUCCUGCAUGGGAACCCUCUGCAUUGGCGCGGCAGCCUUUUCUCAAUAUGAGGAGUGGAGCUUUUUCCAUGCUUACUAUUACUGCUUUAUAACAUUGACUACGAUAGGGUUUGGUGACUAUGUGGCCCUGCAGACCAAAGGGGCCCUCCAAAAGAAGCCAGUCUACGUGGCUUUUAGCUUUAUGUACAUUCUAGUGGGGUUGACAGUGAUAGGGGCAUUUCUAAAUCUGGUUGUUCUCAGGUUCUUAACCAUGAACAGUGAGGACGAGAGACGGGAUGCCGAGGAGCGGGCGUCUCUGGCAGGGAACCGCAACAGCAUGAUUAUCCACAUCCAAGAGGAUGCCCAGCAUGUUCGGCCGCGGUACAAGGCCGAAGUCACAGACCUUCAGUCAGUUUGUUCCUGCAUGUGUUACAGGUCCCAUGAGUAUACCAGCCGGAUGGUGUCUCACCAAAAUUCGUUCAGCUCCAAGCUGAACCCUCAGUACUUUCACUCCAUCUCUUACAAGAUAGAGGAAAUCUCACCAAGCACAUUAAAAAACAGCCUUUUCCCAUCUCCUGUUAGCUCCAUCUCACCUGGGUUGCACAGCUUUACAGAUAACCACAGGCUGAUGAAAAGGCGAAAGUCCAUUUAAUGUGAUUUGUCUUCUUUUGCUUUACUUGUUUCCCCCAAUUACCUUUUUUUGUUUCUUGAGUGAGACAGAGCGAGGCCAAAGGGAAUAGAAAAAGCCAGUCCUCCUCUGAGACUCUGCUCUUGAGCAUGAAGCAUGGAUUAUUACUGUUCCAGCAAAGUAUGCCUUACAUUACCCCCUCGGUGGAUUUCAGAGGAUUCGAGGUGACGUGAAGUGGGUACCAAAUCCAAAGUUGCACACAAAGCUGGGAGCCUUCAUGUGCCGCUGGCACUCCUGACCUAAUAAACUAUUUUCCUCUCAAGCAGGUCGUUGUGUGCGUGUGUGAGUGUGUGUUGAGUGUGUGUGUGGGUGUGUGUAUGUGCAAUUCCACAACUAGUGCCAUGUGACAAAAAUGCAUCAGGUAUUAAUUUUUUCCCCUUAAAGCAAUUGUGUUCCAGCCUGCUUUUAACUUUUAGACUGCUUCCAAAAGAAUAGGGGAUGGGGGGGAGCCAAUUUUUUUGUUUGUUUUUGCCAAUUUAAGCAUGUGUCAUAAGCAGUCAAUAUACCAGGUGUAUCAUGAUAAAAUUUUGAAUGCUAGAUUUUAGAUUGUAUUAACAUUUUAAAAAAAGAGAGGCAGGAAAAGAUGGGUCAUUUUAGCUUGCCAGUUCAAAAUUAAAAAUAAAAUAAAAUAAAAAUAAAGCAUGCACUUUGUAAAACUGGUAUGCAUUAUAAAAACACAAGAAAAACUAGCAAUGGAAUUAAUAAUCAAAAGCAAAUAAUAUAAUUGAUUUAACUACAUUUACUUUCAUCAUUUGCGACUGUUCCAACAAUUUGUCGUGCAAGUAGAAUUUUUUUAAAAAGAAACUGGGAAAAUUGUUGGAAGAAUAGUUUGUUUUUUCUUACUUUGCUCUUAUUUAUAAAAUUUAUUACUACGAUGAUGGGUAUUAUUUUAUUUAAAUUUUUGUGCAGCAAUUACCUGCAUGAAUAGGAAUUAUAUUUUUUGGAAUGCUUGGAUGAGGAUGGGUAUAAAUAGGUGGAUGUAUAUUUUUUUCUUAUAUAAUAGUGACAGGGCAUUCCUUGUUUUAAAUAAAUAAAAAAAUGAUGAUUGUCUCAAAAUGCUUUUGAUUUGUAAAUAGUGGAAAGCCUUUGUUGGUCUCAGGAAGAUUUCAAGGAACAGAAUCUCAGUUUUUGGCCUACUGGAAACUUGCAGUCGUAGAUGUGGUCUUGCCUUUUUGGCUAGUCUGAAACGCAUAAGUAUGCACCUCUCUGUAGCAAGCACAGUUGCACUCCGGUAUUUUGAAGUGUUAUACUGGGAGCGGAUUGCAUUAGCCAGAUGGAGUGAAGGCAGAUGAUAUCACUAAGGCCUAGUCUACACGAGGACCUUUGACCAAAAUUACCCCCUCCCCCCCCGACUGAAUUUGUAAAUGAUGCAUCCACGCUACCAAGCCCAUUAUUCCGGAAUAAGGGACCACGGAAUUUGAACUCUGUAGUCCUGCCUUUCUUGAGGAAUAAUGCUAUUCCCAAACUUGUAAGUCCGAAAUAACAUUAGAGUGGAUGCUCCAGUGCUGCUAAUUUGAACUAAUUGGCCUCCGGGAGGCCUCCUGCAGCUCCCCAGACUGCUUGCGGGGGCUCUGAGCCCAAGGUAGCACGUUCACACUAAUGGAGCCUGCCUCAGACCACAUUCGAUUCUUCCUUGUAGUGAGGACACACAAUUUUGAAUUUUUAAAAUCGGAUGCCCACAACUCGAACUUAGUAAAUUUGAAAUAAUCUUCUCAUGUAGACAUGGCCUCAGUGAAAUUGUUCCUUUGAAAUCAUCCAUCACUUAACUAAUGAUCUGAACAAAACUGACUUUACAGAACCAAAUUCUAGGUCCUGGUCCGACUUUCAUUGGUGAUAGUGGAAGUUUGUAUAGAUUAAUAUAUAAUCAAGAUACGGCUCACAGGGAACUUUUUCUUUGUGUUCAAUGGAGGCAGGACUAGUACCCAUAUCAGGAUAUAGUGGUGCGUAUCAAUUAACAAUCCUACCUUUUAAAAUGCUUCAGAGUUAAUUCAAUGUAGAAAAAGAAUUAUUUAUCUGGCACAAAUCAUCUCUCUUGCUGAUUACACUAGUAUAUUCUUUCCAUGUAAAAGCAAUAACUUCCCCUAUGUAGUUCUAAUGUAGCAGAAUAAUAUGUUUUCCCAAAUUCAUGCAAACCUCCAUUUCAGAUCUGACCUCAACAGCUGUGCAUGCCAAUGGUUUAUUUGUCAAGGGUAUUAAUAGCAGAAGAUAGCAAUGACCUCUGCUUUCAACUCUCUUCUCCUUGGCUUUUAUCAUUCAGUAAAGUCAAAGCCUGUAAUUUCAGUGUGUUAUGACACACAAGUAUCCACAGCUUUAUAUGACUUCCUCUGGGAAUUUCUGAUAAAUCAUGCUGGCAUUGUGCACUAAAUCCUCCCAUAACAUGAAUGAAAUACUAAAAUAGCGUUCUGAGUGACCAUGGCACUGAAAUGAACAUUUUAGAAUAAAUUAUGGGAAAUAUGUUUUUAUUUAGGGUGAAUGGGUAUUGUGUAUACUUAAUUAAUAAGCCUGCUAGUGACAUGUUCUAAGUACCCAAUAGACUCGAAGAACUAUAUGAUGGUAGAGGCUUUGAAACCAGUAGCCAUUUGGAAAGCAGUCUUUGCAUUCUGUGAUCCAUCUCUAGGAUAACCAACCUGACAUCUGUUUCAAGAUGUAUCAGUCUUCUGAGACUCAUUAUUACAUCUGUUUUUGUUUGUGAAGCUAUUCUAAGAGCCUUCCAAAAGUGAAACUGAUUGUGGUCCUCUUUUGCCAUGAAAGAAUAAUUUGCAUGUAUACAAUGAGCAUAUCUGGUAUAUAUAUUAGGAAUCCAAGAAAAUCAACAAAAGUUUGUUUGACCAAGCCGUAAAAGUUCAAACUCUGCUUGUAUUUGAGGAGGGGAAUUUGGCCUGGUGAACUUUUUUCAAAAACAUCAAAAAAGUUUUACAAAUGUUGUUCUUUAAGAACAAUUUUGUGGAUUUUUUUAUUAAGGGGGGGAAAUCUCUUUUUUCACCAAAUGGAACUAAAUUGUCAAAAUUGUUUUGAAUUUUAGAAAUUCAAAGUUGUAAUGUGUUAUAACGGAUAAGUUACACAUUUUCCCAUCUGAAAUUCAGAUUAGAAAUAAAGUGCACAUUUUUAACAGUAAGGGGAAUUAACCAUUAGAACAACUUACAUGGAAGUGGUAGGUUCUUCAUCAUCUGAGGUUUUUUUUUUUUUUUUAAUAUCAAGACCAUCUCUGUCUUUUUAAAAGAUAUGCUAUAGCUGAACCAGAAGUUAUAGCUUAGGAUUCAGGAAUUAUUGUGUCUAAUUCCUAUGGCCUGUGUUAUGAAAGAGGACUAGAUAAUUAUAACUCCUUUUUAACUUUAAAUCUCUGAAUGUAAAGAGAGAGAGUGUGCAUUGUGAAACACUAUUUAGACAGAAGGUGUUUAUGUGCCUAAGGAUAUAUUUUUCUGCCUGAAAGAUCUUCAGUUCUGUCCAAAAAUCUUUCUGGUGUUCUUAUCUUAAAUACAAUCUUCAUGGCUCUUUGUUUACAGUUUGAAGUCAGUCCCUUAUACAGAAUCUUUAUAAGACCCCUUUUGUAUGAGCAUUUUUAGAAUAGUUACCUGAAUUUUUUUAUCUAUGAGUUCAUGCCCCUCUUGAGGUGGAGGAAAAUGUAGGCUUGUGUUUUGUGAUAGAUGCUCUGAUACUCAGUGACAAGAGGUGCAUUGGGUAGAGAAAGCAGGGGACAGCUGAAGGAUGCAGUCCCAGAAUCAAGCAGUAAAUGUGAAACCUUGAGUAAUGCACCCAUGCCUCUUCCUGUGAGACAAAAGGGAGAAAUAGCUGGGGCAUAAAAUGUCCAGGUGAUUUCCUGGUCACUGCUGGUAGCUGGCUCAACAUAGGGUGUGUCUAGACUACAGGGUUUUGUCAACAAAAGUGGGCUUUUGUCGACAAAACUAUACCCGAGAAUACACUAUCGCUGUGUUCUGUUGACAGUAAGUCAACAAAAUGAGGCUGUUUUGUCGACAGCAGUAAACCUCAUUCUAUAAGGAAUACUGCUUUUUUUGAUAGUUGAAAAAAGGCGCUAUUGCAUGCAAACUGUGCUUUUUCGAAAGAGAGCGUCUAGACUGUCAACAGUACUGGUUGUAGUCUAGAUGCUCUUUUUUGACGGAGGCUUUGUCGACAGUAACUGUCGACAAAGCCUCUGUCAAAAAAGGCUUGCAGUCUAGACGUACCCGUAGAGUAGUCCACAUACUGCUUUAAGCCUGCCUAGGAACAGGCCAGUGUAUAUUGGGGUAGAAUACAGGGAAGUAUGAAGAUAGAUUAAAGCCAUCUUGGCAUUAUCCCUUCCUGGACUGUGUCUAAUAGUCUUCAAAUUGCAGCUCAAAAUCUGGGUCUUUUUGUGAACAUAUUUCAACUCAUGGGCUAUGUUUGCAUACUAUUUUUGCAUGGCUAUUUUUAACCCUCCAUUCUUAGUUAUUUAUGGAGAAGGAAAGGAUGUAAUUGAUGACCCAAAGAAGGUUGAGGUGUUUAAUGCCUAUUCAGCUUUAGUCUUUGCUAAAAGGUUAAUGACAGCUGGAUACUCAACACAAUUAAAAUUGACGACAAGGAGAAAGGAAUGUAAGCCAACAUACAGAAAAACAGGUUACAGAAUAUUUAGAUAAGUUGGAUGCAUUCAAUCCAGCAAGGCCCAAAGGAAAUCAUUUUAGAGUACUUAAGGAACUAGCUGAAGCAACAUUAGAACCAUUAGCAAUUAUCUUUGAGAACUCAUGAAGGACAGUAAGGUCCCAGAAAACUGGAGAAGGGCAAACAUAGCACUUGUCUUUUGAAAGGGGAACAAGAAAGACCUGGAGUAUUAUAGACAUAUCAGCCUGACUUUGAUACCUGGAAAAGUACUAGAACAAAUCAUUCAAUAGUCAGCUUGUAAGCACUUGGAGGAUAGUAAGACUAUAAGAAAUGGUCAGUAUGGAUUUGUCAAGAACAAAUCUGGCCAAACCAAACUAAUUUUCUGCUGUAAACACUUGAAAAACAACAAAUAGUCUUGCAGCACUUUAGAGACCAAC